AAUUUGUUCGCAUUUUGUAAAUUUGCAAUAGCAAGUAUCGGACAAAGUUGAAAUAUUUUACCUGGUGACUUUUAAAACAUUUUUGAAUCACAGCGUGAAGGAUUCAGAGUUUCCGAAAACGAAAGAGAAACAAAAAAUAUUUUAAACCCUAUGAAAUAUUUUCGGAUUUUACAUAAUUGAACUCAAGCAAAAAUGCUGGCUUUUGUAGGAAUAGGUUUAUGCGCGGCGUCGCUACUGUUAAACAUAGUAGGCUUAGCAAUACCGUACUGGGUAUAUUCAAGUGCUGGAGAAAUAAAAAGUUAUUCCGGACUAUGGUCACUGUGUCUAUCCGCAUUAGGACAAACGGAAUGUGCAAAAAUACCAGAUAUAGCUCUAAAUGAUGCCUACAAAGCGACGAGAGCGAUGGAGAUCCUCGGCAUGCUGCUCAUCCUUGUGGCACUAGUGGUUGUCUUGCUUAAACAGUUUGUCAUGAAGGACAAAGCACUUCUGCCAAAACUAGGCGCUGGUUGCGCAAUAUUUGCUGGCAUUCUGAUGAUAAUUGGCACCAUCAUCUUUGCAACUAUGGACGGCAUAGAGUCAUCAAAUUUACAUGCCGGCUUUGCACUAUGCAUUAUUGCAGGGGUUAUAGGAAUAGCCGCAGGCGUUGUGAUGUUCCUGGCUUCCGGGUCUUCCAACGAUGGCUGAUGCUUGCUAUAGUACUGACACAAACAAUUUUGUAGUUAAAAAUUCUUCAUAAUUUUACAUUUUCAUUUUAUAUUUUGUUUAGAAAGGACGAUAACGUUUAUUUAAUAACUGAAUGCUAUUUUGUGUGUUUAUACGGGUAUUGUCGCGCUAGGGAUUCUUUGAUGGUUUGUAAAAUAUCCCAAUGAAGUUUACACUCGUUUAAACGCACCAAAAAUAUAAUUCAGUUCUUAUGUUUACUUUUUUCAAUAGCUUGCUAGUGGUUUGCUUUCCAAGAGCAUCAAAAAAUCAUAAUUACUCAGGAUACCUAUCUUUUCAACAUCUGUCAAAGAGACCCCCCACCCCUCCCCCCAGACGUGUUCAGUAGUAGUUCGCCUUCCAAUUAAGUUUUUUAUUCAAGUAUCUUUAACUCCAUGAAGUCUAUUCAUUUUAAUCUUUGCCGUCAAAAAUAGUUUAACGUACGAUUUAAUGUACUUUUUUAAAUUUGGUGAACGAAUUCAAAUUGCGCGUGCAAUUUCGCGGAAAGGGCCGUACUUGAUAUGAUAACACCGCAAACAAACGUGUAUUCUUUCGAUACAAAAUGUGUAGUGUAGUAACAUAUUUUCAUAUAAACAACAUUGGUCAAUAAUAUCUCGAUCCGACGUCCUUCGCAAUAAAAUAAAAAUGAACAAAAUGGGGUCGUUAAAAAUCCGUUUUCCGAGCAUGACUGAAGGUUAAAAACCCGGUAUCAGUUGUUUGUAUAUUUAAAUGUAUUCCAUGCAUGUGUACACAGGUUUGAAAAGGCCGACAAAAGCAUAACUGGUUUAAUUAGAGAGAGAAUAAAACAUUAUUAUUAUUAUUUUAUGGAUUUUAAUUUCAUUGCUGUAGUUAUAAAUGUCUCAACGAAACAUAUUAAUUUUGUACAGUGCCAUGAAAGUACGAAAUACCCGCUAUCACUACCAUUAUUACCGUUUAUUACCCCUUAGUAUUGCAUUUAGAUUCUUUGCUAUGAAAGGUGAUAAAAUUAACAAGCAAUGAAAUACUAAAUUAAAUAGCAGGACAUAUGCGAAAAUUGUCUUUGAUUUAUUAUACUUAUUUUAAAUAUAUAGAUACUUCGGCGUAAUACAAAUUUAAAACAAAACUAGUUACUACUUUUGAAAAGUGCAUGCUCCAAUACUGCUUCGUUUUAAUUGAAGUGGUAACUGAUAAGUUACAUACUAGUACUGGUUUAUGCUCGGUCAAACUGUUCAUACCUUUAAUGUUAUGGUCCAGACAGAGAAAUACCCUACUGACUUUUGACCUCCAAGUGUAACCUUGAUAUUUGAGCUAGGCGUUGUGCAGGACAAUUUGUCUCAUUCUUGUAAACAUUUGUACCAAAAAAAGUCCUUGACAGAUGGUAGAGUUAUAAAACGCACAAGAAAAAAUGCUAUUAAAGUUUGACCUCCAACUAUGACCUUGACCUUUGAAUGAGGGUUUUGAGUGUUGUACAUGACACAUCGUGGGGAACAUUUAUAAGUGUCAAGUAGUAUAUAAAUUCCUUCAUGGAUGACUGAGAUAUGGGUCGGAAGGAAAUGAUUAUAUAUCAAAUAAAUUGGAUUUGACUUAACAUCAAUUAUUGGAAAAAUUCAAAGAUAAAUAUGAUUGAAAAUCGGUAAUCAGAUUUUCAAAAAGAACAUUCUAUGGUAGCUAAAACAGACUCGAACCGUCUGAGCGCUUUUCCUUGGAAAAAAUAAGAUUAUAAAUUAAAGUCAGACGGAAGGCGAAUUUCAGCUUAAUGUAGACGAGUUUUUUGUCUGUUCUAUGUAUUUAUUGUACAGCUUGAUAGUCGCAGAUUUACUAUUUUGUUGUUUUAAAACCUCAUAUCAUUUUUAGAAAGCUGCAAACUGCAAAGUGUAAAUAUAAGAACUAAAUGUUAUUACUUUUGAGUUCAUCCAAGAAUUGCCAGCACAGUUAAUGUUUUAUUUUCCAAUUCCAACGUGGUCUUUGGUUUAUACCUAUAUAAAUGCACAAAAACUAACAUUCAGCCUUUAAGUAAUACAUGUUGAAAUGCUUCGUUGCAGCUUAAAUCUGUCCUUUCAUGAUAUUUUUCAUAUUUUGUUUUAAUCAGCAUGUGAAAUUUAUGUAAAAUAAGAAAUUUGUAGUUGUUCUAAUUAAUUAAUUGUGUGUGCUGACACAUAUAUAUCAAUAAAUUGUUAAAUUGCA